ACGUGCCAACGGGUAAAUUACUCGUUUGACGACGGUACUGACGGUAGUCGUGGUGCUGGUGGUCGCGCUCCAGUGAUGCGAUAAUAUUCGCUGGAUGUCGGAUGUAUCAUCGACGAUAUCCUCGUUGUUAUUGACGCGCGGAGUGGUAUUAUUUGCGACGGCGCAGCGUCCCGAUAGCAAUCGUCGACAACGACGACAACGACGUUCCGGUGAUGACGCGACGGCGGGACGAUAAGAUGUAGUCUCCACGACGCGAUGCACUGCAACGUAGUGACGGAAAAGGCGAUGUGAUAGAUAAAUAGAAAAUGUGCGCGCGCGUGCAAUUAAGUGCGAAAAAUAGACAUAUAUAUAUUAUAAUAUACACAUAUGUAAGGACAUUUAUUAUUUCGUUGACCGGGAAUUGCGUUCGAUAAGAUUGUAAGAGUUUCAUCAUGAAUUGUUGAUCUGUCGUGACUGUGCGACUGGAAUCCCUGCCAUCGUCGUGCAUCGAAUUCGCGGCUAUAAGAACAUCGUGUUGAAAACCGCUGUCGCUGCCAUAGAAGGUGGAGGAAGAAGAGGAGGAGGAGGAGGAGGAAGAGGAAGAGAAAAAGUAUGAGAAGGGGCGAAGAGGAGUAAGAGGUGGAGGACGAGAAAGAGAGGAGGAGGGCAGUAACAAGGAACGAGGAGGGAGCUUUUGACGGAAUUGAAGGGAACUCGCGAUCGCGAAUCGCGAGGAGACUCCUCGAACAGAGGAGACGCACGUUGCGUGUACAAUAUUCGCAUACUCGCGCGUGUAUGAAAAAGAGAGAGAGCGCAAUAUCAUAAACAAAGGGGAAGAAAGAAACGGAUAACGAGUGACUUUACGAUGUGGAAGUGAUGGUGGCGUCGCGAGAUCGCAGCGAUAGUCGCAUCGUUGUCUUCAUCGGCGAUGCAAUCCAACAACGAUACGGGCGAAUGUAAGGAGGAAGAAAGGAAGAAGGCGCGAACGGGUUAUACGCGUAUAACUUUGUCUCGCGUGAGAGACGAGUGAGUGAGUGAGUGAGUGAGUGAGUGAGUGAGUGAGUGUGUGAGUGAGUGAGUGAGUGAGUGAGUGAGUGAGUGAGAGAGCGGGAGAGAGAUAGAGGAGAAUCUCAUAAUGCGCGCGGGUUAAAAACCUCAUUUGGAGAUGGACCCGGUCUUGUGUCACGAUUCGGCACUCGACACUCGACACGAAUCGAUCUGCGAAUGAGCGUAAAAAAUGCGGAGUAUGUGCCACGAACAUCAUCGCGACGAUUAUAACGCGCUAUUAGACCCAAGUGACAUGGAAGUGAAAUUGCGAAGAAGGCGAGUCAUGCCGAUUGUUCCAAUAUUCCGUUCAACUAUACUUUUGGUGUCUGUGACAUAAGUUUACCAUGGAAUAGAUUCGAAGCGUAUGAUAUAAAAUCUAUUGUGUAUUUAUAUACAUAUAUAUAUAUAUAUAUAUAAUCGAGAUAGAGAGAGAGAAACGAAUGUGAAGAAACUCGCCAAACGGUGAGAGCGUACGUUGGAGAGCGGCGGGCGACACGUUCUUCGGUCGUCACCCUCUUCCCCGAAGGAGGAGGGGAGGAGGGACGAGAAGGAGAAAGAGAGGGAGGGGGGCAUACAUUUCCCGGGAUACCGACGACGACACGCGCGCAGUAAUAAUGGAGACAUUACUGCCCGGCAACACUGGUCAAUCAUACAGUCCACAGUUGAAGACCGUUCUCAAGACCUAUCAGCUGUCGGCUGUGAAGAGUCUGCAGGGUCCAAGUUCGGCCCUGCUGGGCAUGGACUGUAAAGUUUUGUUACACGAGCAACACUCGGCAACCUCAUGCUUCUCACCACCCACUAGUCGUCCGGCCACCAAUUGCGCCUUGGAAUCGUCCGGGGAGUCGCAGGUACCCGAGAAAGAUGUCGCCGAGAAGGAGGCACAGCGCACGUCGACACCCGUUCCACCCUCUGGCAAUAAGAUCCUUCGAUCGUUGGAAGAUUCGGACGAGGAUCGUCCCGUGGCGGCGGAGCGUCUCAAAAGCGAGAAGCGCGAGCUCGAGUUCCAAAUACCGAUAUUGACGGCGCCUGAUCAGAGCUGCUCCGAGAGAUGCGAGACGAUUCUCGAAGGCGAGAGGAUAUCGUGCUUCGUGGUAGGCGGCGAGAGGAGGUUAUGUUUACCUCAGAUACUGAACACUGUGCUGCAAGACUUCUCGCUGCCACAGAUCAAUCAGGUGUGCGACGAGCUGCAGAUCUAUUGUUCGCGCUGCACCCGGGAUCAGCUUGAAGAACUCAAACAUUCUGCCAUCUUGCCGCAUAACGCCCCGUCUUGCGGUCUCAUCACUCAGACUGACGCCGAGAGGCUUGUUAGUGCUUUGUUGUUACGAACAGAAUCCUGCGACCCCACUCAAAUCGGUCAGACGCAAGACUGUUUCGAUAAGAAAGCAUGCGAUAAAGACGAGGACGAGGAGACGAUUGUCAAGUUCAAGGUGUAUCAUGAAUGUUUUGGCAAGUGUAAGGGUAUCUUUGAUGCCGAACUUUUCGAAACGGAUGAUUCUGUGUGCAUCGAAUGUCUCGAGUGUGGCUAUCAGUUUUCUCCGCAACGCUUUGUGAGACACGCUCACAGAUCCUUGGAGAAUCGCACCUGCCAUUGGGGUUUUGAUUCAGCAAACUGGCGGUCGUAUUUGUUGCUCUCUCGUGAUCAACAACAUUACAACAAAUCGCUUAUUCUCUUUCGUGAGCUGAAGGAGAGGCACCUCGUGCUAAAUUCCAAGCGAAAACUAGAGCUGCGACAUGAACAUGAGAGAAUAUCCAAACGCACAAAGAAGGAUAUAGGGAAAGAUGACUGUCCUGGAAUUUAUAAUGGCAAUGGAUUAGGGAUAUACCAUCCUAUAUCCCAAAUAGCUACUGCAGCUGACCCAUAUUUGCAAAUGCAAUGGGCAGUUUUUGAACUCGCUGCUAGGGGCGCGUCCGCUUUUCGGCCUUGGAAUACUGCAGGCAAUUGCAAACAUAGAGACAAUUCAUCGUUGCUGCCUGCGUAUCUUAGUCGAGGUCCACCUGUACUGCAGCAUCCCGAACGAGUCAUCCCACUUUCGGAGUGCGAGCGCUUCGAGCCGCACUUCCAGCCUAACGUGGCCCUAGCACCUAUAUCGACGCCUACUCAGAUGGGUCAGAUACCGCCUCUCUCUUCCGUUCAUCAACAACGACGGCAUCAUCAUGAGCAUCGCCGUCAUGGUCAUCGUUCGACGAGUCCCACGAGCGAGAAGCAGGAACUGCUUUCUGCCGAUGUCAAAUUGGAAAAAAUAUCGGUGAAUCAAGCUGUGGCUGUCGAUUCUUAUCCUAUAUAUUACAUGACCGAUGCAAAUCAAAAGGAAACUGUACUGCCGGGAAAGGAGAAAAAGGAAAAAGAGGGCGAGGAAGAGGAGAGUAGUGCAGCAGUGACAUCAUCUACAGUGACUGUAGAGCCUCUUCCAUUGGCGGUCUCUUCCGAGGUCGGCACUUCCUCAACGUCGGAAAGUGAUUCCGACUCAGACGGUACUGCGGCGGCCGAUCUUGAGGAGCGAUUGAGAGUGCUGAAUGUACCACAGGAUAUAAUAGAGCUGGCGCGUCGUGUCGCAUCGGAAAACGCGCAGCUGCGACGUCAUCGGCAGUUGGAUGCACACGAGAUCUCGAAACUGCGUAGUCAAUUGCACAUGCACAAGUUGCAACAACAGCAAUCCACGAUCGUCGUAGGAAUCAGUGAGAAUCGAGACAAGAAGGAAGAUGCUUCAGCAAUGAUGCUACGUGCCAGCGCCGCUGAUAGCACUGAGGGCUGCAGUGAAGAGACCGAUGCUACGGAUUUACCAUCGAAUAAUAAAGAGUCUGAGCCUGCCAAUGUGUUGUUAGUGACUAACGAAUCGGAUCAGUGAUUAGAAUAACAUAAGCGAAAAUUAUUUAAUAUAUACAACUGCUCAGCGAUUACCGCGAUUACGACGCUUAUCCGAAUAAACAUGCACUGAAUUUAUAGUACAUCAGAUGCGUGUAUGUUGUGUAUUAUAGAGCCUUUUGUAAUUUUUGUUUAUCAAUAGCAUUAUUUUUUGAAGAAAAAUGAAAUAAAAGUCCUUAAUCAUUUUUUUAUGAUGCUUAACGAAAAAGGAAAUUAUUAAAAGGAAUUAUUAAAAUUAUUAAAAAAAAAAAAGACAGGCACAAUCACGUAUGUAUCACGCUCUCUAUCAAGCGCACGGCUCGCGGCAUACAUCCGUCUAACAAAUGAAGAUGAUUCAGUGAAUUUUAUUUGAUAAUUUUUCCUUCAUUAAGCAUUAAGAGAAAAUGAUUCAGGACUUUUUCAUUUUUCAUCAAGAAAUAAUAUUAUGUAAUUGAUAAGCAUGAAUUACGGAAAAUUCUAUAUACAUAUAAAUAUGAUCAUUCUAAACGAAACGAGAAAUUAUCUAGAUUUAUGUGAUACGCGAUGAGCCUUUAAACAUUAUCGCAAUUAAUUCGGACUUUUUAUUAGAUAAAUAAACCACAUGUGCUAUCCAACUUAAAACAACGGAUUAAGAAAGCCCUUGCUUUUAUUUAGCGAAAUUUAAACCGAUCGAUUACUAUCGGCAAAGCUUCAUGUUUUAUUAUUAUGCAUGAUAGAUUCACUUCCUGUUCACUUCCUGUUUGCAUUUUAGCAUUUCGCGGAGAACGAAAAAAAUACUUUUUGAAUAAAUCAGUUUGUUCAAUCUAUAGUCAUAAUGAGAGAAACAUGUUGCUUUAUUGACUCCUUUUAUUUUUCAGUCAUAAGUUAGCGCAUUAGAAAGAAUGAUAUUACCGGUGGGAAGUGUGGGAAACCGAUGCCACAAAUUGGAUAGCUACGUUAAAUAUACUUCUAUUGAUCGAUUUUUUUUUUGUUAAAGUCGAAUGUAAAUAUUGUAUUAUAACGAAAUAGAAAAGAUUACAUUUAAGGGAUUAUACCGCGCCAAUUACACUAUUAUAUUUAAUAGGUAUUAUGAUGAAAUAUUUCGUGUAUAUUAAAUAUUAUAUAUGAAGUAUAAGAAAUUUUUACGAGAUCGUAAUUCUUAAAUAUACAGUGAAUAAGAGAGAGAGAGAGAGAGAGAGGGAGGGGAGGAGAGAGAUGUCUAAUGAGAAUGAUUUUAAAUUGCUUUCCAUUCACAUCUUGGUAGUCAUUUGAUCGCAUAAUGUAAAUACAUUGUGGCAUCAUAUAUGUUUAUAAUUAGUUAUAUACUAUCAUGACGAAAUAAUGCUAAAGUACAAAAAAACCUAGGUGCUAUAUUAUUAUUCUAGGUAUGCUAUAUGCAGAAACCUAGGUGUGUUCCAGCAGCUCGUGCUACAUUGUAAUUUAAUCCGAACGUUAUAUACAUGUUACGAAUCGAAUCGUUACGAUUACAAUCUUGUGAUUUGUGUAUAUAAGUGGGAUCUGCUUUUUUAUUCGACGGAAAAGCUCGGUCUAAGCCUAAUAAUGUCAAUAAGAAAAAAAGUUUGGAUAUUUGAAAAUUAUUUAUUUGCUACAUGCAGUAGGACCAUAACUUGAAUCAUUAUUGAUAAUAACAUAUUCCAAUCAUUUAAAUAGUUAUCAAACUGUUUAAUUUAUUGAUGAUAUGAGGGAAAAGAACAGUGAUGAUAUAUAAAAUUAUUUAUGUAAUGGAUCGUCGUCGAUCGUAGUUUUUUUUUUCUUUUUUUUUUUCUAAAAGUAUUCUAAAUUUUUCUUUACAAUAUAUAUGCUUUUUCUUCCAGGAUGUACAAAGUGAGGUACCUAACAUUAGAAUCUGAAAUAUCUGUUAUUUUUAAGAAUGCAAAAAAAUUUCUAAAGAAAAAAAUUUUUGCUUUAAACGAAUAAAUAAUACAAUUGAUACAAAUGAUAAAUAAUACAAUAAAAAGUUCUUUUCUCAAGAAAGUUAAAUUUUCUAAGAUAUUCAGCAUAUUUUAUUAAGCUAUUUUUGAGACUAGGAUGGCAUUUUUUUUUUAAACAAUUGUGUAUGUUUUUGUUAUUUGUGAUGUUGUUGCUGCUAAAAAAAAGAAAUUUAACUAUUAUAUAUUUAUUGAUCUUCAGAUGAACUCUUCAGAAAUGAGAAGUUAUUCUUUAUAAAGUCACGAUUUAUUUUCCAACCGCGAUAUAAUGUUUAAAAAGUGUUUAUUUGUAUUUUUUAUUGUUUAUUUAUUCUUCUAAAGCAAACAUUUUUCUUUUUAGAAUUCUUUUUGCAUUCUCAAAAAUAAUAGAGAUACAUUUCAAGUUCUAACUUCACUCUAUAUAUUACAGAUAAAAGCAUAAUAAUUAGUUAAAUUGUACAUGUGGACAUGUACUGUAUAUAAUUUCUGUUGACUACAAUAUGUUUUGUUAUUAAUAUUUAAUAUUUUUACUAAGAUUUGCAGCUGGGAAAUCCGCAUUCUUUAUAUGUAUAUAUACAUAUACAUAUUUAUAUUUAUUUUGUAUAUUAUUGUUGGCACUUAUCAUUUUAGUUGUAUUUAAUAUAUGAAUGGUCCUACUGUGAAAGAGUGAUAGAGAGAUAUGCAGAAAAUACUGAUUGUGCUGAAAUAGCGUUUCUACAUUUGUUAAUAUUGAGAAAUUAAAUAAGUGAAGAGGAUAUCUUAUGAUGGAGAAGGAAAGACGUUAUAUCAGUUAGUUGUAAUUUCUGAGUAUCUCUCAAGUUUUAGCAGAGACCGAAUGUUAAAUUAUGUUGGACAUAAUUACUUUUUUUUAUUACGGAUUUUUAUUUCUAUUUGAAUUUAUGUUGAUUAUCGACUAUAGAUAAUCAGUUAUGAAUACGAGAAAAGAAGAAAAAAUGCAAAAAUUAUUUUUUAUGCAUGAGAGAAUACUCCAUGUACACACGCGCGCGCGCGCACGAAUAUUUGUGUAUCAAAUUAUAUUAAACACACCACAAUAUAAAGAGAAAUAGAUUUUUUAAUAUAUUCAUACGAGGUAUAUAUUAAAGCAUGAACAAACUAGCAAGAUAUGUAUAUGUAAAAGAAGAUAUGCAUCUUUGUGUUUGUGUGUGUGAACACAUAUGUAAGAAGGUGAUUUUUAUAUUAGGACCGUGGCAUAAAGAAAAACUUAAGCAGUAAGACUUAAAAAUUUCAUCUAUAUGGAAUUUUCAGCGUUGCUUAAGUUUCGAUAUAGCUACCUUAUUGUUUGACCGGGAUUGGUCAAUUCGCUUAUGACUUAAGUCUUACUGCCUAAGUUUUUUUGUGGGCCACAGCCCUUAUGGACUCUGUAUUUUCAUUUAUUACACAUACAAUUGAUAAUGUGUGAUGGUUACGUUUGCCUUUUAUCCUCUUGUCUUUCUCUUCUUUUACUAUGCUACGCUAUAUUUUUAUUUUGUGCCGCUUAGAUAUUUUUAUACCAAGAUAUGUGACGGAGUUCCCAGUGAAAUGUGUGAUACAAUCUUCGAUUUAAAUUUAUUAUUACAUGAAUGUAUUUGUAAAAGUGAAUAUGUACAUGAGCGAAUGAUCAACUAAUAUAAAUCUUCGUUAUUACAAUUUUUUGAAAAUGUCUAUUUUAGCAUAAAUGCAAAUAGUUUGUUAGCGUUCGAUUCAUUUAUAAAGUGAAAUAAAAUAAAAAUACAUUAAAUAAAUUUAUUUUCAUAUUUUCGAUGUUUUUUCGUUCGCUUAAUGUAUAUAUAUUUUAAGAAAGUAAAAUUUUGAUUUUAUAUCUACUGAAAUUUUCCGAAAUAAUCCAAGUGCAGGAUAUGCAAGAAACUGAGAGCCAGGAUUAUAUAACAAAUAACGUUUAUAUGCAUACAUAUCCUCGCAGUCAGCGAUAGUUAUAAUAAUGUAAACCACAUACACUUGCGUUUCCAUUAUGUAGCAAAAAAUGCUGAUAUUUAUAUAUUAAAAAUAUACGCGUAUCGAGACUGUUUCGAAGAUCUCUUAUCAUACAUAUAUAUACAUAUGUUUAUCUUUUUGCCUUUUUAUUUUUUUGUUGAAAUAUAGCAACAGUACCAGUAAUUCUUCAAAUAGUGGACAAAAAAAAUUUCAAGGCAAGAAAUUUAACAUUUUCAAACUGACAGAAAAAAGAAAUUACUGCGAUUGCUCGAUUCUAGUAUAUUAAGAUGAAGCGAAUGUGAGAUUUUUAAAGCAAUUUGUUAAUAAAACUGAUGUAGAAUAUAUAGGAUAUUUCUCAGAUGUACAAUAUAUAUAUAUAUAUAUAUAUAUAUAUACACUACACACACGCACGCAUAAGAAAUAUUCUACAUAUUCUAUAGCAUCAAUUACUAUAUAUAUAUAUAUAUAUAUAACUUAUUACAUUGUAACGUUAAAAACAGUAAUGUAAGCACAUCCCACCUAAGAUUAAAAAUGUAAUAGUCUAUGUUUUUCAUACGCGUACAUACAUAUAAAUACAUUCAAGUUUAUUAUCAUAGUUAUUUAGGACAUAAAGGAUAAUUCAUAAUAUCUAAUAACUAUAUACAGCUCGGUUUCGAAUACAUUUGAAGUUUAUGUAUAAAAGAUAAUAAUAAUAGUAAUAAUAAUAAUAAUAAACAGUUUCGACAAAUCAUGUAACUGCCAUGACUUUAGAUGUAUUUCAAUUUCGCAGAUGAGAGAUGAUGUAUUUUAAUUUCGAAAUGAAAAUAUAUAUUGACAAAAAUAAAAAUGGAGUAUACAUACGCCUGAUUUUACUAUAGAGAGGAAAAAAGGAAACAAAAAGAAGUAAAAUAUUUCUUAAUUCGAUAUAUGAUAUCCGAGAUAUGUGUCGUUAUUCUUAUAAUAUAUAAUUAUGGUAUACAUAAACACUUUUGAAAUACUGCUGUCGUUCAUUUAACUAGCGAGCUUCCGCUUCGAUCAGACGUCGGAAAUGAUUUUUGUCGUGUGCUUCGCUAAUACUAUCUCUAUUGUUAUUAUAUGUUUAGUCUGACUUUUAAAACAUGAAUUGUAAAUGCUAGCUGUUAUGAUCUACAUGUGCGUGUACUCGUUUCUCAUUUCUCUCUCUCUCUCUCCCUCCUCCCUCCCUCCCUCCCCCUCCCCCUCUUGCUCUCAUUAUUUCUUUUGUUUAAAAAUUUUCAUUUUGGAAUAUGAACAAAUUAGCGCAAAUUUUUGUCCAAUUCUUUAUGCACAAUGACAUAUUAUGUAUUAUUGGCGAUAGCAUUAUCACUAAAGUAUAUGUGUACUCACAAACCGCGUAGUACAUUUAUAUGUAUUAUGUAUUGUGCUAUUUAUAAAAACAAAAGAAAGUCAUAAAAGCGAGAGCGCACUCUUCGAUAUGGACGAUGCACGCACAUGCCAAGAAGAGAAAAAUAAGCUAUUUAACUAGACGAUAAGGCAUAUAUAUUAGAAAAUAAUCUCGCAAACAUUUAUGCGAUAAUAAAGUAAAUAGAGGAUAUGCAGAUCUCAUAGUGCAGCCAUAGCCAUGUAGCGGAAAGAAGAAAACUUUGCUCCGCGACACAUCAUCGUAUCGCAACUGCAAUUUCCCAGAAAUUCUCUACUAGCGACAAAUAGGAAAUAAUGACCUAUAAUCGGCGAUAGUUUGUAAAAUAUUAAACAAGAUUUCGAAAUUUUCAAAAUCCUAUAUUCCAUUCAAACGGAAUUAGAAAAAUAACUCCACAUGCCCUUAUAUUUUAUAAUUCGCAUAAAACUAUUUAGAUUUCACAAAUAUCUAACAAUAAGAAAUGUCACAGAAUCAUCUCUACGAGCAUUUAUAGGCAACUCUUUUUAGAUAUUCUUUAAACGUCUUAAAUUUUAUUGUUUAAACACUUUCUUUCUAAAAAUUUAAAAUUUUUAAAAUUGUUUAGCCAUCUUUAAGACAUCGUUUAGACGAUUUUUGUGUCGUUUGGUUGUGUCUGAAAUUGUUAGCGGAAAUUUAUUUAAUAAUGAAAAAAUUGCAUGUAGUGAAAAAAUUAUUUAGUAAAAUGUAUCGUGUGAGUUCACAAAUGAGAAAAUAAUAGAACUCUUUUGUAUGCA